UUCUUUCAGGCCAUGAAUCAAUAAUUCAUCCAGUCAUAUCAAUGCCACCUACUCCCUUUUCUCUUCUUUGCACAUGCUUGCUCUCUCUCUCCACACAAAAAGGUGAUGACAAGCCUGCAAAGGAGCUUGUUAAUGGACAACAAAAAAAGAGGGAGGGAGGGAAAGGUGUUAUUGGUUUUGGAUCAGCAGCAGAAAGAGUGGGACUCUCUGUGGACCGAGGAAAGGCAACUGGAAGAAACUUUUUCAUAAAUUUGAAUGGAAAUACAGACCUUCAAUUUAACAAAACUUCAUUGAGUCUGACAGUUUUUUUUCUCUGAACUUAAUUUUGUCUUUGGAAAUUGGUCACCAUGUCAAAAGUCAGCAGUGAGAAUCUACAUAAAUCAACUUUAAGCGUCUACUCGCACCUCAUGGAGCAAUUCAACCCAGGUCUCGAGAAGCUUGUUGCACUUGGAAACAGCUACGUUAAAGCUUUCCAAGCCUUAGCUGUUUGCAGUGAGGCCUACUUCAGUGCUGUGGCUAAGAUGGGUGAUCAGGCCCUUCACACACUUUCGUCUCAUUCUCUUGGAGAUGUUCUGAUUCAGAUAUCAGAAACUCAGAGAAGACUCACAGCAGAGAUGGAAGGAGUGUUUCAGUGGUUCCAGGUUGAGGUGCUGCAAGCAAUGGAGAAGAAUAUCAAGCUAGAUGAAGAGUACAUUGAGGGCAGUCGCAGAGUGUACGAGCUGGAGGUGAGGAACCAGGCCGAAGCUCUGGAGAAACAACUUAGACGAGGAGCUUAUAGAGACUCUCUGGAGAACAGUGACUACAUGAUUUACCUGAGGCAGAGUCAGCAGGAGAUCCUGAAGGAAGAGGAGAGGAGGUAUCGUUUCCUGGCAGAGAAGCACUGCGGCCUCACUCAGUCUCUAUUGUUUCUUGUAAACAAGACUGGUACCUCCCUGCAGCAGAAGGCAGAUGGGUGGAAGGAGAAAGUGAAUGAGACCAGAGGUUCUCGAACUCCUAAUCAUUUGGAUCAAGAGGUGCAGCUUCGAGGAUCAGUGGGCUCUCUGCUGCAGACCGUAGCCAGAGACGAGGAUAUGUCCUGGGCCCGGCGGGAGCAGCUGGCGCUAGGCGGAGUGCCCUCCAGAGCGCCAUCCCCGCUCCCCAACCGCUCCCGCUCCAGCUCAGUGGGGGAAUCUCUGGGUUUGGGAGGAGGAAGACCCAUGAGAGCCCUGGUGUCUCACCCCUCUUCAUCCAACCCAAAGCUUUUACCAUUCAGUCGAGGAGAAACUGUCACUGUUCUGGUCCAAGAGCCUCGUAACGGCUGGCUGUAUGGACGCACUGACACCAGCCUGCGUCAGGGCUGGUUCCCAGCUGCAUACGUGGCUCCGGUUGAAAAUUUCUCCAUAGCAACCAGUAGUGGUUCUGUACGAAGCCACAGCAUGAACAAUCUGCUUGAUACCGACCCAUCAGAGGCCAGGGGUCAUGGCGAUGUCCCACCACCGGUUACACCCAACCGUAGAGCGUCUGCAGACUUCCGACCAUUCUCUCCGGUCCCUGAGAGGAAGGCAGAAGCUGCAGUGGAGACAAAGCCUCUGUUUCUUCCUCCACCACCUCCUUCACAAAAUUUGAAUCUCAGAAGGGGAUCUGCAGAUUUUCGACCAGUCUCUUCAGUUCCAAAAGGACAGACUGACAAAGUUUCAGAUGUCCAGACAUUAUCACCGCCUGGCCCACCCGAUAACCCUUUGUUUCCCAGAGGCACAAACCCAUUCGCCACAGUAAAGCUUCGCCCCACGACGACUAACGACAGGUCUGCUCCUCGGAUCCAUUGAUCCGUCGGCGGAGGUGGAGGCAGGAGAUCUCUUAUUUUUGUCUUUCUUAACUGUGAGGGCCUUUAGACUGGUGAACAGAACUGGAGGUUUUGUAAAUAAGCUAGGUUACUUUUUGUACCUAAUCCAAAAGUGUGAGCUUUAUUACCUCUAAAAAGUGAAAACAUGAAAGUGGAAUUUUGAUUUUUGAAACCCUUUGUACAUAUUUAGAGAAAUAAGGUUUUUUGAGUGUUUGGAUCUUAUGUUCAAGAUCAUUUCUUUCAUUAAAGGUGUGGAACACUGAAAAAGCAUUUUUAAAAUCUUAUUUCUGAUUAUAAUCAGUCAGUUUGAGUUUUCCAUGCAGGCUAAACAUUAAAAUAGUCUCCUACACC